AUGCCAGGGUUGGGUUCGGACCACAGGUCUUGUGCACCCUUCCGGUGCCUAACUGCGAUGCCGCCAGAAGGAAGCACGAGGGCUGGGAUACUGCCAGGUUGCCCAAGCUUAGACAGGGGAAGUCGGGAGGCAGAGGUCGGGUUCGAACCACGGACCUUCCGGUCAGUAAAUUCGUGCUCUAACCACUUGGGCCAUCUCGCCUCUCAGGUGCGAACUACGUAUGGUGCUAACAAUUACAAAAUUAGACGUAUUAAGAAAAUGACUAAACAACAGUGA